AUGGCGUUUAAAGGCUGUAAGGGGAAGAUAAAGUGAGUUGUCUCUUUAAAUCAACGCUGCAGUGUUGAUGUGCCCUCGAGCUGAGAUGGUAAGAACCAUUUCCACCUCUGCGGCAGGAAGCCUGACCAAAUAGGCGCACGAGAGCGCUCCAGACGACGUAGCCUACCGAGUGGAACCCAUCCCCAUGGUUACUUGUGCUCUUUGGUCGCUACCAAUCUUGGAGAGAGAGGCUAUUUGUAAAUCUUACAAGCUAUUACUGGAGUGAUAAUUUUCAGUUUAUCUCUAGCGAAUGGCAUUAUUACAUUUUUAUUUUGUCAUUUUUUAUUCCAUCCGCAGAACUCCGUGGCAGUUGCCUCAAUCCAUUUACCGCUGGCUGGUACGCCUAACCCCUCUGCGUUGCAAUCUGUUGAUAACUCGACUUGCAAGCUGCAGUUUAUUGUCUUUCGAAAUGGGAAACUCUUUCCUUGCACAGGGAAUUCGUCAAAUCUUGCAGAUGAUGGAAAACGUAGGAGCGUUUCGACACCAGUUGCUUUCACCAAAUUAGGUAAGAGGAAAUGCAUGCAUUUUAUCAUCAUGGCUCUGAUGUCAACGUUGUCUAAAAUUAUGAUCCGCUGUAGACAAACACAGGGACACCCACAUGCAUACAAAAAAAGAAAAAGUGCGCAGCCUGUAGAGAUUUGAUCCAUAUUACAUAUUGUUGAUAAAAACACAUGUAUGUCUAAAUAUCUGUAUCCUAAACACAUAGCCUAAUUCACACCACAUUUGAAUAAUCUUUAUAUGCCUGUUAUUUCUUUUCAUUUUAUAAUAUUUUGUCGUUACCAUCCUCCUGAUGAUAUAUGUGGCAGAUGUUUAAUACCUUUUAAACCUUUAACAUAAACAUGUCAAUGAAAUAUACAUAUACAUUAUGAAAGAAGGCAGAAUGAAUAAUAAUUUAUGGUUAAUUGACCGUCAAACGAAUGUGCUUGUGUAGUCUACGUGUGACAGUGUGUUCGUUUCUGUCCAUGGAUCUUGGAUGUUGCGCUUAGACUUUCCACUUGGUUUCCCUAAUUUAAUGUGUUGCUUUCUUGCAGAUGGGUGCAGCCUCGGGAGCGCCGUGCACUCGGUUACCAUUGCUCUCAGGCACUUCGCGCUGGGUGUAGACCCCACUGCAGCCUAUUGGGAUUUUGACCUGCUAGAUGGGCACGGUGGCUGGCGGGCAGAGGGGUGCCACAUAACAGGCUCCACGGGCAACACGACCACCAUUCAUUGCACUCAUCACAAUAACUUUGCGGUGCUAAUGGUGAGUACAGAAGUGACCUUAUUCCAAUCCUCUCACAGGACACCCUGUCCCCGGCUUUCUCGCGGCUUGUUGCUUAUAAUGAAUCCAAUACAUCAUUUUGCACAAAGAAGUAG